UUUCGUGCGUUCCAAAGUAACUAUCUACUUGUUUACGGACUAGUGCUUAUCUCUGACUGGUUACAAGGACCUUAUAUAUACUCGCUCUACAAAUCCUACAACUAUGAGCUUGAUAUCAUUGCCUUGUUGUUUGUCACUGGGUUUUUGUCAUCAGCUAUUGUUGGCACGUUUGUGGGCUCCAUUGCCGACCGUUUCGGAAGAAGACUGGGAUGUGUGUUGUUCUGUGUCUUUUAUGCUCUUUCCUGUCUCACUAAGCUUUCUCCAGAAUUUGGAAUGCUCAUGCUUGGACGAGUUCUAGGAGGCAUCUCCACUUCAUUGCUGUUUACUGUCUUUGAGUCUUGGAUGAUAUCAGAGCAUCGCUCACGCGGAUUUGGUGAAAAUCUUUUGUCUGAAACUUUUGCCUGGUCGACUUUUGUCAAUGGUCUGGUAGCAAUUAUAUCAGGCAGGUUGAAUAAUGACGCACAACUUUGCAUCGUUGCGAAUUUUUCUGUGGAUUAUUUUGGACUGGUUGCACCAUUUAUGAUUGCCAUCGUGGUCUUGAUACUUGCCAUGGUUAUUAUCAUUUUAACAUGGACAGAAAACUAUGGAAACAAGUCUGCAUCCACUUCCUCUCCGUCGUUUUUCUCAGUCAUUCAAAUCAUCUAUAACGAUCCCGAUAUCUUUGCCGUUGGAACAAUGCAGUUUUGCUUUGAAAGUGCCAUGUACACUUUUGUGUUUCUAUGGUCUCCUGUUUUGGAAACAUUGGCUGGAUCUACCAUCAAACUUCCCUUUGGUGUCAUAUUUUCCAGCUUUAUGGUUUGCAUUAUGAUUGGUUCGCUAUUUUUCAAAAUGCUUAAUCAAAAACAGUUUACUCAUGAGUCUAUUGCCAAAGUUGUGUUUUCGGUUGCAUCCGUCGUGUUUUUUCUUCCAGCUUUAACGACCAAUGAAGCACUCACGUAUAUAGCCUUUAAUGCAUUUGAGAUCUGUUGUGGCAUUUAUUUUCCAUCAGUAGGGUCUAUUCGCAGCAAAGUGAUUCCAGAGAAUACUCGUUCUACAGUCAUGAAUAUCUUUCGCAUUCCUCUCAACCUCAUUGUUGUUUUGAUUCUU